GGUGUGCUCUCAGAGCCUGACUGGGCUACACUCAAUCCGAGCUGCUGCCGUGCGUAUGCUAAGAAAUAUCCAGUAGAACCACCCCCAGAUAAAGCCCUGGGCAGCUCUCAGUCAUGGCGAGUGUGGCUCCAGAAGUGGUCGUCGAGGGCACGGCGGUGGCUGCCCCACUGGGCGGCGACGCCGUGGUCGCAGGUACGGUGGUGUCUGGCGGCGAUUCCGUCGGCCACCCGGCGCUCCUUUCGCUGCCCCCGGGCGUUGAAUAUAUUCGCGCGCCGCAAAUGGGACCGGACGACCGGGAGCAACUCCGCACGAGUCCAGUCACGCCGACGGAUGCAGUGGUAGACGUGUUUGCGCUGGAUCGAUCGCUCUUCGACGCUGCAAACGCCGCCAAGCGACGGGUGCACGUGUGCAACGGCAACCCGGGAACGCUAACCGUCGAGAACUCGUUCUGCGUGAUGUUAUCGCCGUGCGUUCUACCGUGGGCGGCGCACUAUAUCAUGUUGUUCCCCUGCACGAUCUGCCCCCACGUUCGGUACGCCUGCUGGGCCCCACACGUGGAUAUGGACUUUCCGCCCUGGGCGGAGCACACGCUGAUCGUGACGGAUAAGGGCGUCGUAGGCCGCCGAGAGAUGCGGCCCGAACGCGACGACCACGGCAGCGAUCGGAGCCACUGGCUACGUGACGUCAACGCCAUCGCCUGGGAUGGGUUCGACGUCGACAAGAUAGAAGUGCGACGCUACGCCGAAGACAAGACCUGCUACAUCUGUAGUACGCCGCCGGCGCACCCCGACCCGCUCUCCUACGCCCUCAGCAUCGGCCUCCUGGGGCCCUGCUUCUGGAAGGUCCUAUGUAAGCCGACGACGCCCGGGCUCUACCGCGCGAGAAUCGUGAGCGCUCACCAGACAGAGGUGUCGACCGGCGACUCUUCGUCCUAUUACAACACCGCUGAAAUCAGCCUAAUAGCGCUGGCGCGGACUCCGGAGGAUCUAUUGGAGUCGCUUCGCGCCGCUAAAGCCAAGUACGAGGCGCCCGCGGCGGCUGCGAUGGAGCGCUCGGAUGCUGCGGCGGCCGCGAUGCGUGCAGAGCUCGUCGCGACCAAGGGCGUGCAGAUCUUCGUAAACAUCGCCGGCAAGAACAUCGCAAAGACAAUCACGCUCGAUGUCAAGCCAACCGAUACGAUCGACAACGUGAAGCAGAUGAUUCAGGACAAGGAGGGUAUCCCAAAGCCGGACCAGCGACGCCUCAUGUUCGGUGGCAGGCAACUAAGGGACGGCAGCACGAUUAGCGACCUCGACCUCGACUUCGACAGAUACGCGGUCCACCAUCAUGAACGGGCGCUGCGCGCCUUCCACCUCAACGUCCCGAAACGUCGGAAACGAAGGAAGUAACGAAGGUAAGUAGUAAUGCUAAUGGUU